AUGUCCUUUCCUCUCGUUCGCCCUGUAACCCGAGUUCGAACCUCCAAUUCAACCCCAUUAAUUUUUGUUUUUGUUUGUUCGGCAACAAGGACAUUUUUAGAACAUUAUUCGUGUAAGGACAAAUUUGACCUUCUCGACAACCUUUCAAAAUUUCUUGCGCCAGUGGCAUUUUUGCCAAUUAGCCAAAGACAUGUUGCCCCUACGCGCCUGCCAGCUCUGCAUGUACCAAUAGGUCUCGGCUUGGGGACCUUGCUUUCGCCUGGAUCUUCAAGAACCUCGCUUUCGCAUUUGGGGAUUUUCAAGGACCUCGCCUACGCGUUGUGGACUCAUUGGGGUGGGUUGGCGACGCGGUCAAUACUAAUUGAUGUUUUUAAUGGUGCGUCAAGCGGGUUUCGAGAGCUCUUCCCGGGCUGGUUCAACAUUUAUCCUCAGUAUUCGUAUUUCGUUUUUAUUCGUCCGGAGAUUUUGUAUUCUCUCUCAAAUUGGUUUUGCACUUUGUUUGCUCAGUCCGGCUAUUGGAUUAUCGUGGACGAAAUCUCCGACAGAGAUGACGAGGAAUUCAGAUUCUCUAGAAAUUAUUUUCUGGCGAAAGAAUUGGGCGGGUCCGGCAAGAAGUCAACUAACAAGCGCUCCGAUAUCGAUCUCGUUGGUGAGCAGGAACUAAGAGCAGCGAUGGUUAACACUGAACCCAAACAUGAGAAGGAGAUUUUGGCUUUGAUGGGCAGUUACAAAAGUUUAUAUCCCCAGUGGGUUUUGGAGUUGAGAUGUGGUUUUGCCCUUCUCAUAUAUGGAUUUGGAUCUAAAAAGGCCUUAAUUGAAGACUUUUGUGGUUUUAUGCUUCAAAUUCAGGUUGUGGUGGCCAUGGCUGAACUUUUGUGUGGUCAAUUGAAAAGCAGUGGAAAGACUCCUUCAGCAGGUCUGGGCAAAGUUCAACAACCCUUUAGUUCUCAAUCAAUGGACGAUCUUCUUUCAUUUUUGCAUGGGUCAAGACAGCAGCAUGAAAAUGACUUUGAUGUAUGCCUUGUUAUUCAUAACAUUGAUGGGCCUGGAUUAAGAGACUCUGAAACGCAACAGUAUCUUGCACGAAUUGCUGCUUGCUCCCAUAUUCGUAUUGUUGCUUCUGUCGAUCAUGUGAAUGCACCUCUUUUGUGGGACAAGAAGAUGGUCCAUAUGCAGUUCAACUGGUAUUGGUAUCAUGUUCCGACGUUUGCACCAUACAAAGCUGAAGGAGUAUUCUUUCCUCUGAUUCUGUCUCAUGGCAAUGCCAGCCAAAGUGCCAAAACAGCCACUUAUCGUAUUAAUAUGUACUGUUUGUUUGAGUUUGAGACAGAUUUUUAUAACAAAUUAGUAAUAUUUAAGGAAAGGCAGCCGAUUAAGCAAAAUAAAAUGGCAUGGCAGAGACGGCCAGAAGGGUUCUUCUUUUACAAAAACCUGGAAUAACUUCGAUUAAAAUCCCAUAUGCAUAAAAGGAUUCUAAUAAAUAACAGAAUGGGAUAACUUUCCCCACAAAAUACCAGUUAACCUACCACUUGUGCAAGCUUUCAUCCUCAACCCCCGAUCUAAACAGUUAAAAGGUGAUCACCAUAUCAUCUGCAGUUCUUCAACCUUUGGUCCAUCUCCGGAAAAUUACAAGGAUCAAUUUAUUCGUCUAACGUGUUUGGUCCAUCACCGGAAAAGAAUGGUUCAAGACAGUGAAGUGGUGAUGGUGUUGCAGAAGGGAGAGAUACAGAAGAGGAGGUGGAAGAUGAAAAAAGGGCCAAAAAAAAAGGAGUAAUUGAAAAACAUUUAGAACAUACGGCCCGAGCCUAACAACCAAAAAAACGAUUUCUUUGAAAUACAUACAGACUGAAAUUUCCGUAGUCAAACGAUUCCCUGAAAAUUUAUGUUUCCUAACAACCAAAAAACGAUUCUCUCUUAAAUACAUGCGGACUGAAAUUUCUGUAGUCAUGCCAUCUUUGUUUCUUUUGGAUUGUUGAGCCUCCUUGUACAUAAGAUCGUAGUAAAUGUGUACUGAAUUUGCGUGCUGUGCAGGUCUAAACAGACCUAAAAUGGUUAUUUUCUCUGAAAUACAUUCCGUGGUCAAACGAUUCCCUGAAAAUCUGUUUCUGCUGAAAGAUUACAAUAUCUCGUGACUAGCUGCUGCUCUGCCUAUAAAUCCAAGAGGCCAUCUCUACCCAACCUACCAAAAAACUCCUUUUGAAUUUACUUAUAGCAACAACAAUGGCUGAUUCUCCCCGUCGAAACCGUCCCUCUGCUGCUGAUGUCCUUAUUGUUCCUGAGCUUCUUUCUCGACAUGCUAGUGAAUUUGGGCUACUGGGAGCUUGUAUCGGCCGGAUUCAGUUUAUGAGGAGAUUCGUGAUGGAAAAUACCCAAGAAAUCUGCAUGAUGUUGAACUCUGGCUGGCAAGAAUCCAUAGUAAUAUUGAUGAUUUGCUAGCAAAGCGAGAGCGUGCUCGCCUGAAGAUGACGGAACGCAUCAUACAGGCAAUUUAGCUUGGAGACAAUCCACGCAGACGAUAGUUUUAGUGUCCCUGAUGGAGUCCUCCCCGAAGACUAUCGACCCUGACCCUAGUUGUCUCUGUUCUGUGUUUCAUGAG